AUGGAGUUUAAGUCUAUACACAAGUUAGUCUACAGCUCUGACCACCGUUCAAUCAAGAACCACCAGAACUCAACCUUCCAACCACCAUCUUUUCCGGCAACAACCGCCACCGGAUUCCCUCUGCUAGCCAUCGCAAUAGCCUGCAUCACUGCAAUCACUUUCUUGCUCCUUUGCUACUUCUUGAUCACCAAAUGCUGUUACCCUUUAAUCCAAUUCAUGACAUCCCGGACCACCACGUCAGAAGAACCACCAUCAGUUUACUCAACUCCGGCAUGGCAGAUCACCGGGCUCGACGAAUCACUAAUCCGACAAAUACCCGUUUGUCAGUAUAGCAAAAGAGACAAGGAGAACAAAAGAUUGCAUAAAUGUGUGGUUUGCUUGAAUGAGUUUCAAGAUUUGGAGACAUUGAGAGUUCUUCCAAGCUGCAACCAUGGAUUCCAUUUGCAUUGUAUCGACAUUUGGCUUAGGAACAAUCCCAAUUGCCCGAUUUGUCGAUUCAACAUUUCGGGUACGAUCCGGUGUCUAACGGAUACGAUUGGGCCCACUUCUUCGCCUCAAGAUCCGGAAUCGAGCCCAACAAAUAGCAACGAAGAUUUCGUUACAAUUGAAUUGGGCGAGGGGGCUAAUGAAUCGAGAAAGCCUCAUUUUGAAAGAAUCAUGGAGACGAAUGAUGAGCAACUUGCAAUUCAACCCCUUCGAAGAUCUUUCUCGAUGGAUUCUGCAGUUGAUCGUGAUAUUUAUUUAUCUGUUCAAGAUAUCAUACGUAAUCAUGAAGAGGCUACAAGAACAAAGAGACCUUUCUUCUCGUUUGGACAUGUACGAGGAUCCCGAAGUGCUAUUCUUCCUCUCGAGUUUUAA